AUGUCAUAUGUAACAUUGCUUCCUGAUAAUUACCCUAUUCGGAAUUGUCAUUGUCGUCGAUCUCGGUUUGAGUCGAAUAGGCGUCUAUCUGGAUAUACAGCAUAUGCGUCAAUAUGCAACGUUAGAUUUAGUAUCCUAACAAUUUUUGAUAGUGGGCCAGGUAGUUUGGCAUUACCAUCGAUACAAAUUGAUUUCAAACAAGAAAAAGAUUCCGGUCAUAACAUUAAAAACAGUGCAUAUGAUAAAUUUAAAUCAUUGAUACAAGCUUCAUAUUCUUCUAUUAAAACUUUAUAA